CGGCGGCGGCGGCGGCGGCGGCGGCGGCGGCAGCGUACGUUGAUGAGCCCCUUCCCUUCUCUCUCCUCUCCCAAUAUUCCAUAACUCUCUUGCUAACUGACUUCCUUCCAGUGCGCUGCCAAAUGGGGACAGUGUGGUGGCCAGGGCUGGCAAGGCCCGAGCUGCUGCCAGAGCGGCUCGACCUGCCAGGCCUCCAACCAGUGGUACUCUCAGUGCCUGUAAACUGUGGGAGCGUAGAGGCUCGUUGAAGAGGACAAGGUCCCAGAUUCCGGCACGGUUGAUGAGGAUCGGGUUCAGGGGUUCAGGGGCUUGGGGGUAUUAGGGGGUCUUCGUGUACAUAGUUGCCCUUUGCAUCUAGCUUGUUAGUUGCAGUACAAAUAUUCCUUGGGAAACUCGUUCUCCGUUCGUAGAUUUCUGUGAAUGGGAAUUAGCCCUACGGCCCGGUUGCUCGUCACUGGGAUGUUGCUGGUCACUUGGUUGAAGUUGGCGGUGAGGCCAGGGGUUUGUGGACGAUCUGAUCGCUCCGCUGUUGGUUCCUCGUGCUUGGAGCAACCGUUGAUCACGGGAUGGGACACCCCCAGGAUGAGGAUGGGAGACAACACUCUUCCAUGUCCACGUACCCCGGACAAGGCGGGGGUCGGCAGUUCAGCCUAAGCGGCGAUUGGUGGGAGAUGGUCUGAACCAACAACCCAGGACGACGGUACGACCUGCCGAGCGUCAGCCAUGCUCGAUCGAGCACCGUGAGAG